AUGAUAGUGGUGAUAGCGCUGGGGACGCUGUCAUCCACGAUGAUAAUCGCCAUUCAGAAACGAGGUUAUUUAGGGGAACGUUUGAGUUCGCGUGCGAUUCGUAUCGCAAAACUUUUCGCAUUCAUCUCGGUCAGCUAUGUGCCACUCCAUCUCAUUAGUGGUACUAAGGAAUCAACAGAGGCACCGUCACGACAUGUCUAUCGGAAGUCCGUAAAGAUCACUAACAAACUCGCUCGCUAUGGUCAGCAACAGAGAUGGGCAACGCUUACAAAACAAGCUGCAAACCUGUCAAAAAAUGGCUUAAGAGAUGUCACACUAAUUAAGGACAAGAGCACUGAUUUGCUCAUGUUACCGUCAAACUUAAAUGAGACUAUGGCACAGUCGAUGAUGAUCGAAUCAACUGAUCGACGUAACAGUGCAAUUGAUGAAUCACUACCAACCGUANGCUCAUGUUACCGUCAAACUGUGCGUUCAUAUCGAACAUAA